CAAGGAUGACCAAAACUUCUGCACUCUUAUCUCCAUCCAUUUCUUCCAUCCUUUGGUUCCAUGCAAGAAAAAGGCUGCAUAUAUUAUAGCAGCAGAAAGAAAGGGUAACCCAACCGCUCACAAUUAUUUUUAGUUAAUGUGAUUAGAGAGAUGUAACCAUUCUGAGCUAACACACUAAUGCAAGCAAACCCACAAGUGAACAGUUGUCUCCUCCCCCACUCCAUUCCACAACCAGCCCCUGCCCUUUGCCUCUUUCUAACCACUCUUCUUCCCCUUUCCCUUCCUUUCUUCUCAUCUCUCUCAACAUUGAAUAUCCUGCUCUCUCUCUCUCUCUCUCUCUCUCUCUCUCUUUCUCUACCCUUUGACUUGUGUUCCAAUUAAUAAUCCUCUGCCUCUGACCCAAGUUUGACCUGCUUCUCCCUCAAAUCGAACCAAUCCAAUUCCUUCCAUCAUUUAAAACACUGCCCAUGCCACCUCCCCUGCUUCCCAAUAGCACAGUCCCAGCUGCAGAAUCCCAAAGCUUUGCUCAUUUAUGGCCAUGUCCCUGUCUCACAAGUUGGUGUGAACUCCCAUUGAUAUCUUCCCUCCAUAGUCAAUCCACCCUUCUGAAAUUCACCUCAUUUCCAUUAGAAAACAAUUAUCUGUCUCUUUCACUCUCCUUUCUUCCUCUCUUAUCUCUCUAUCCUAGUGAGUAGCACCCCCAUUAAAGGGCACUGUGGUAUCAGAAGCUGCUGCAGAGACAGAGGCAGAGCUCCCUAAUUCCACCUUCACAUGGAUUCUGCUGCUGCCGCCUUCUUCCCCCAACCAAUGCCCCUUCUCCCCUCCCAAUGCCUCUACCCACCAAAACGAAACCUUGAUGUCCACCAUAAAACCAGUUCUUGCAUAACCCCAUCCUCAUUCCCUCUUUCUCAACGUACUCUGUAGUUUCCAAGCAAAAACAGAGAGUGAGAGAGAGCAGAACCAACGAAAUGGAACUUCUUCCUCUUCUUCAGCAGUUUGUCCUUCUGUUCCUUCUGCUGUGCUGUUCUUUUAGCUCCGUUUUCCCGCUAAGUCACGAGCUGGGGAUUCUCCUGGAAGUGAAGGAAUCACUGAUCGCAGGCGGGGAAGGCUUGAGCGAUUGGAACCGGAGCAACCCGAAUUUCUGCAAAUGGAGCGGGGUCACUUGCCGGUCGGGCCGGGUGGUUUCGGGUCUAAACCUAUCCGACUCGUCGCUGACCGGGUCAAUCCCGCCCGCGCUUGGCCGCUUGCAGAACCUGCUCCACCUCGAUCUCUCCUCCAACGCCCUCACGGGUCCCAUCCCAACCACUCUCGCCAACCUCUCCGUAUUGGAAUCUCUGCUUUUGUUCACCAACGACCUCACGGGUCGGAUCCCGGCCCAGCUCGGUUCGAUCAAAACCCUCCGGGUCGUCAAAAUCGGCAACAACUGGCUUGCCGGCGAAAUCCCUGCCUCAUUGGGAAAUCUCCCCAACUUGGUCACGCUGGGUCUGGCUUCCUGCACUCUCACCGGUCCGAUCCCGCCCCAACUCGGCCGGCUCGGCAAACUUGACCAGUUGGUUCUGCAGGACAAUCAGCUCUACGGACCGAUUCCACCCGAGUUGGGUAAUUGUUCUAGCCUCACAGUACUCGCUCUAUCCAACAACAAGCUGAACGGAACCAUCCCGCCGGAAUUGGGCCGUUUGCAGAAUCUCCAGUACCUCAACCUUCUCAACAACAGCCUCACCGGCGAGAUACCGAGACAAAUCGGAGACAUGACCCAACUCUCCUACAUCAAUUUCAUGGGGAACCAGCUCCACGGUCCAAUCCCGAGGGAGUUGACCAAACUGGGUAGCCUCUACAAUCUCGAUUUGUCGGAAAACAAGCUCACCGGAGAGAUCCCUGAAGAAUUCGGCGAGAUGGGUCAGCUAGGCGUUCUGGCUUUGACGGCCAAUAACUUCACCGGCGUCGUCCCAAAGGGCAUAUGCUCGAAUGCGACCAAUCUCAACACCCUGAUACUGAAUAAGCUCCAAUUGACUGGGACGAUUCCGGCGGAGCUGGUAAACUGUCGAGCCUUGCAGCAGCUUGAUCUGUCGUUCAACUCGCUCACCGGCACGAUUCCGAGCGAGAUUUACGAGAUGGUUCAGCUGACGAAUCUCUACCUCUACAACAACUCCCUUGAAGGUUUGAUUUCGCCCUCCAUCGCAAACCUCAGCAACUUGCAGGAGCUCGCGAUCUACCACAACAAUUUCCACGGCGAGCUGCCUAGAGAAAUUGGAACGCUGGGCUCGCUCGAACUGCUCUACAUCUACGACAAUCAGUUCUCCGGGGUGGUUCCUGAGGAGAUCGGCAACUGUUCGAACUUGCAAGCGGCUGAUUUCUUCGGGAACCAUUUCUCUGGGAAGAUUCCCGCCACAAUCGGCAGGCUACAACGGCUGAGUUUCCUUCACUGGAGGCAGAACGAGCUCGUCGGCGAAAUCCCCGUCGAGUUGGGCAACUGUACCCAGCUCACUACUCUGGAUUUAGCAGAUAACUUCUUAUCAGGUGGAAUUCCUGAAACCUUCGGAUCCCUCCGUUAUCUAGAGCAGCUCAUGCUUUACAACAAUUCCCUCCAAGGUCCUCUGCCUCAUUCCCUCUCCAAUUUGAGAAACCUGACCAGGAUCAACCUGUCCACCAACAAAUUGAACGGCAGCAUUUCCCCGCUGUGUAGCUCGAGUUCUUUCCUCUCGUUCGACGUCACAGACAAUUCCUUCUCCGUCGAGGUCCCUACCCAAUUGGGGAACUCGCGGAGUCUCGAAAGGCUGAGGCUUGGUAACAACCGGUUCACCGGGGAACUCCCUCGGACAUUGGGGAAAAUUCGUGCUCUCUCUUUGUUAGACAUCUCAGGCAACUCACUCACAGGAGUAUUGCCAGCACAACUCGCGCUGUGCAAGAACCUGACCCACAUCGACCUGAACGACAACCGUCUAGCCGGUUCCAUUCCAGCCUGGCUCGGAACGUUGCCACUGCUAGGGGAGCUGAAGCUGUCGAGGAAUCAAUUUUCAGGACCUCUGCCUCCAGAGCUUUUCAAGUGCUCCAACUUGAUGCUUCUUUACCUGGACGGGAACUCCCUGAACGGGACUCUUCCUUCCGAAAUUGGCAACCUGGAAGUACUCAACUUCCUCAGACUUGACCACAAUCAGUUCUCAGGACAAAUCCCUCCUGCGCUUGGCAACUUGAGCAAGCAACUUGAGCUUCGGAUGUCGCACAACAGCUUCAGUGGGGAAAUCCCCCCGGAGCUUGGACGGCUGCAGCAGCUUCAGAUCAUUCUGGACUUGAGCUACAACAACUUAACCGGCUCGAUCCCACCUUCAAUCGGAAAAUUGUCGACCCUCGAAGCUCUUGAUCUAUCCCACAACCAGCUCCAAGGCAGAGUGCCUCCCCAAGUCGGCGAGAUAAGGAGUCUUGGAUACUUCAACGUGUCCUUCAAUCGCCUGGAAGGUGAUUUGGGCGACCGGUUUCAGCGCUGGAAGGCUGAUUCAUUUCUAGGCAACUCCAAGCUAUGCGGAGGCCCUCUUGAUCAGUGCCGCCGGUCAGCUAAUAAGCAUUCGAGUCUAAGCGAGGCAGCGAUCGUUGUGCUCUCCGCGAUAACGACACUUGCUGCACUUGCCCUGCUGGGACUAGGACUCACCUUCUUCUGUAAGCGAAGAAGGGAAUAUCUGCGAGCUAGGAGUGAUGUCAGCUGCAUUUACUCCUCUUCGAAAUCUUCCCACGCUCACCGGAGGCCGCUGUUCCUGAAUCCUGGUAGUAUGAAGAGGGAGUUCAGGUGGGAUGACAUCAUGGAAGCCACCAACCAUCUCGGGGACGAGUUUGUGAUCGGGUCGGGAGGUUCUGGAACCAUUUACAGAGCCGAGCUCCGAAAUGGAGACACGGUGGCGGUUAAGAAGGUGCCAUGGAAAGAUGAGCUGAUGUUCAACAAGAGCUUUGCCAGGGAAGUGAAGACUCUCGGGAGGAUUCGGCACAGACAUCUGGUGAAGCUGAUGGGAUACUGCUGCAACAGGGGAGCUGGCUUUAAUCUAUUGAUAUAUGAUUACAUGGAGAAUGGGAGCUUGUGGGACUGGCUGCAUAGGCAGCCUGGUGUGAAUAAUAACAAGAGGAAGCAGUGCCUUGACUGGGAAGUUAGAAUGCAGAUAGCUUUGGGAUUGGUAAGGGGUGUGGAAUACCUUCACCAUGACUGUGUGCCGAUGAUCCUCCAUCGAGACAUCAAAUCCAGCAAUGUGCUUCUUGAUUCCGACAUGGAAGCACAUCUCGGUGAUUUCGGACUUGCCAAAUCCGUAGUGGAGUUCUACGACACCACCAGUACCACUGAAUCGAAUUCAUUGUUUGCUGGAUCUUAUGGCUAUAUUGCCCCAGAGUAUGCUUACUCGUUGAAGGCGACGGAGAAGAGCGAUGUGUACAGCAUGGGGAUCGUGCUGAUCGAGCUUGUGAGCGGCAGAGCACCAACAGAUUCAAGUUUUGGUGUGGAUAUGGACAUGGUGAGGUGGGUGGAGAAAAAUAUGGAAAUGGGAGGAACUAGUCGUGAGGAGUUGAUUGAUCCUUCGUUGAAGCCACUGUUGCCAGGGGAAGAGAGUGCAGCAUACCAGGUGCUGGAGAUUGCAUUGCAGUGCACGAGAACUCUUCCGCAAGGGCGGCCAUCGUCCAGACAAGCAUGCGACCAGCUGAAUCAUCUGGUGAGGUACCGAAUGGUGGAUUUGGAGAAGAACACUGAUGGCUAGACCAUGGAAGAGGGGUUGUUCCAUCCAGUUAAAGUGAAUUACUGCUAUGUUGAAAAUAAAAUUGCCAAUUGUAGUAGUAUUCAUAUCGUCGAGUACGAGACAGCCAUUCUGAUUACCAUCUGAUUGUGAUUGUGCCACAUCGUUAGUGAAAUUCAACAUUGGAUAUUUUGCAGAGAUCAACAAAAUCUUCCCAAGUAGUUUUACAUGCUACAAUCAUCACACAGAUACAACAUAUCACUCAAUGGAUCUUGUAAUUACAUGAAAUGCAGCAUGCAAUUGAACAAUCAGACUGAAUCAUACUGCUGAACAGCCUUAAAACUAUAGCAGCAGAGGAAAGGAAUGAAAAUGAGUCUGAUAUAGCUUUGGAGAUAUCAAUAGUUGCCUCUCAUUAUUCACCGAAAAUUGCGAAAUUCACGAGUCUGUGCUUGAGGAAAACAUCAGUAAAACUGCUAAACAAUCUUAAAACUACAAAAGCAGAGCAAGGAAAAACCAUAUUAAAGAUCACACAGCAAUGCCAGGACAUCGGUUCAAGCCCAGAUUUUUAGGAAAAUGCAAACACCGCUGGAACGAUUCACCAGGGCAUCAAAGCCAAAAACACUAAUCGUCAUCUCCCUCUGCAAGAAUAAAGGUUCUUGUAAGCUUAUAUAAGAUGUAUACUAAGAAAAAUGGGCAAUAGAGACUGUAUAGGUUAAGCAAGUAAAAGUAAUUUCUAACAGCGAGUAAAAGAUACCAUCAACAGAGGCAUGAAUAAACAUGCAGAAAACCUAGGAGUAGGAAUGAAAGGGAGCGAACAUCUUCUAUCUGGUACUCUGGUUUCAAUGGAUGGAUCCAUUAAAACAUCUAUAAAAAAAAAACACGUCACGCCACUACUUCUCCAUUAUGUGUCUGGGAAUAUGAAGCAAAGUUUUACUAGUCAUAACAGAUUAAUGAUUUCAUGUAUCGGCUAAGCUAGUGAGAUGUACUCUUUAGAGCUCAUCGAUUCCAUUAGUAAGUAAAAAUAAAGGGGAUAAACCAGAACCUUCCUAUGACCAAAUGUCUCCCAAAAACUGUGGAACACAAAGGGCAUCUUGGAAUAAAAUAUAACAUUCAAAAUCUAUACCAAAAAAAAAAAAAAAAACACCGUCACUUCAU